UAAUUCUGCAAGCAGAAGGACUAGAUCCAUUUACUGUUGUGGCCUAAGUUAAAACAACAAGUUUAAUUGCUCUUAGAGACAAUAAUUUCAUUGAGAAAAUCGAGGAAAAUUUAUCAAGAUAAAAGCAAUUCAUUUAGAAAUGGCAUUACGAGAACAUAGUAAAAUAAGUGCGGGUAAUCCGGGCAUGAAAACGCUUAUUUCUGCCAUUGAUAAAAUACGAGAUGUAUGCUUGAAAACGGGCUCCGAUGCAACAAUCGAUUUUGAUUUUCCUCAAAUUGCGGUGAUUGGAUGCCAAAGUGCUGGAAAAAGUUCCGUUUUGCAAAGUAUUGUGGGAAGGGAUUUUUUACCUCGAGGAGAAGAUAUCGUGACACGACAACCGCUAAUUUUACAACUGAUCAACGCAGAAAGUGAGUAUGGCAUGUUCAACCAUUGUGGGGACAAGAAGUUCACCGAUUUCAAGGAAAUUUGUAAGGAAAUCCAAGCUCAAACUAGUCGUGUGACAAAAAAUAAAGGGGUUAGCAAGGAACCUAUUAGUUUGCGAAUUUACAGCCCGAACGUAUUGAACAUUACACUGAUUGACCUUCCGGGCACCGUUCAAGUCUCGGUUGGUGAUCAACCACAAAAUAUUGCUGAUGACAUCAAAGACAUGAUCUACGACUAUAUUCGCAAGGAUAACUGUCUUUUGUUAGCCGUCACGCCAGCAACAAUGGCUCUAGCAGUUUCUUCUGCAUUAAGUAUGGCCCAAGACGUCGAUCCAGAAGGACUACGUACGAUUGGCGUUAUUACCAAACUGGAUGAAAUCGGCAAAGGGACGAAUGCGCGUAAAAUCUUAGAUAACGAAUUGAAGCCACUGCGUCGAGGAUACGUCGGUGUCGUAAAUCGGUCUGAACAGGAUCUUAUGGAUAAAAAAGACAUCACUGCUGCCCUGAAAGUGGAAUCCGACUUCUUUAGAAAAAGCAAAGUUUACAGAGACAUUGCUGAUCGUUUGGGCACUCCGUACUUGCAACGUGUGUUGAAUCAACAAUUAACGGAACACAUACAACAGAAGUUGCCAGGUUUGAAAGAUAGAUUGCACAAGCACAUGUUGACUUUGGAAAAGGAGGUUGAGCAAUUCAAAGACUUCGCAGACAUGUCCAAUCCGGACAGUUUGAAGAAUUUAAUUGUCGUCGUGUUUCGUAAACUGAGAGAUAAUUUUGAGAAGCAAAUUUCAGGCCUCAGUUCAAAGGACAUACCAAUCGAUAUGGAUGGAUUGUCCAAUGGUGUGAAAAUUGGCACCAUUUUCCAUGAACAUUUACCGCGUGAAAUAUCAGCAAUCACUAUGGAUGGAGUAAAGGUGCGAAAUGAGAUCGCUAACGGUGUUCGCGAAUUUUUCGCUUUUCGCACUGUUCUUCCUCAGUACGUACCGUAUUCCGUGUACGAAACGGUUGUGAAGAAGCAAAUUCAGCUGCUAAAGAUUCCUGUUAUUAUGUGCAUUGAAGAAGUAGUGGAACAACUAACAUUGGCGAUCCAAAACUGCAUUCUACAUACUGGAAAUUAUCCGAAUUUACAAGAGUUCCUAAAGAAAAAGCUCAUUACGUUCAUUGACGACAACCGAGCCAAAUUCAAAGAAAAUAUUUUGUCACUUAUCGAAAUGGAACUCGCCUUCAUCAACAUAGAGCCAGACGACCUAUCAUUUGUUUCAUUACCACUGCAAAAACAAAUCGUCCAUAAAGGAGGUCUUGGCGUUGAAAAUUUGGGUGCCAAAAACGCUGUAUAUUGGUUCGUUUUGACAGCAGCAGUCUUAUUAUGUUACGACAAGGAAGAUGGAGACGUUCAGUUCUGUUUAGAACUGAACGAUCUACAAUGUAGCGGUGUUAGUCAAGACUAUCAGUCGCAAAAAUAUAUCCUCACCAUAUCUCGUAGGGAUGGACGUAAUGUGUUCCAUCAUUACAAAGAAUUUGAAUUUUCCAGCAAAAAUGGCGAUGAAAUAAAAACCUGGAGACAGCAUCUUUCGCUUGCUAUUAUUGGUAUAAAAGUUGAGCCAUCACUGGAGAGAGCAAUUGCAAUAAUUUACAAUGGAGUCGAUUCGUAUAUGAGCAUGGUAAAGAAAACUACACGGAAUAUGGUACCAAAGGCAAUUACAUUGUACAUCAUAAAGGAACUGGAUGAUUACAUCAAUAGGAGGCUUUUUUUGGAGCUACUCUCUCUCGCUAAUGAUGUGAAUAAUGCAUAUCUAUUUACACUGAGUACUAUGGAAGCAGAGAAGAUGAAGAGAAAAUUGGAUACUUACGAGGCACUGAAGGAAGCACUGAAAAUUAUUCGAGACGUUUUGACCGAAACUGACAUUACCAGCACUGCUGAAGAAGAGGAAUGAUAGAUGCUGUAAAUGGAAAAUAGUUCCAACCAUCUAGCCGCAUCUUCUAGCAGCAGAUUUGAAAGCUUCGGCAAAAGAAAUGAACCAUUGUUGCAUAUGACAAUUACAGAAUAAAAAGUCGCGACUUGAAAAUGAUUUUUUUUU